GUUUCCGGAUAACUUCGGGGCGCCGAUAACGGUCAGUGUGUUCAAAUCUUUGAUGCUAGCUCCAGUUUGUUAGCUACUUCUGGCCUGUAAGUGAGGAAAGAGAGGAAAGAGGAGAAGCCGAAGGGGAGAGCGCGCGCGAGCGAGAGUGAGGAAGGGGAAGGAAGGAGCCUGGGUCCGGAAUGACGGUGUUACAGGAACCUGUCCAGGCCGCUGUCUGGCACGCUUUAAACCACUAUGCCUAUCGAGACGCUGUGUUUCUGGCUGAGAGGCUCUACGCUGAAGUGCACUCCGAGGAGGCGCUCUUCCUCCUGGCCACGUGUUACUACCGCUCGGGAAAAGCCUACAAAGCCUAUCACCUCCUCAAAGGGCACAGCUGCACCACGCCACAGUGCAAAUACCUCCUCGCUAAAUGUUGUGUGGAGCUCAGCAAGCUGGCUGAGGGCGAGCAGAUCCUCACAGGUGGCGUGUUGAACAAGCAGAAGAGCCAGGAUGACAUUGUCACAGAGUUUGGCGACUCCUCCUGUUUCACACUGGCGCUGCUCGGACAAAUCUACUGCAAAACCGAUCGCUUAGCGAAAGGAGCCGAAUGUUAUCAAAAGAGCAUGAGUGAGAAUCCUUUCCUCUGGUCACCCUUCGAGUCUCUGUGUCAGAUCGGUGAACGACCAGACCCCGAGCAAAUCUUCAAGCUCACAUCUCUGCAAAGCUUCAGUGGAGGCAGCGGAGGAGGUGCCCCGUCUUUCCCCAUGAGCCCCGCUCACACUCCCAGCCAUAACACGACUCACAGGCAAAUCGACUCUGUCCUCAUGGAGACGCCCCAGGACACGCUGGAACUGAACCGGCUUAAUCUGGAGUCGUCCAACUCGAAGUACUCGUCUCUAAACACAGACUCGUCCAUGUCCUACAUCGACUCGUCCGUUAUUUCGCCCGAUUCUGCCCCUCUGGGCACGGGCGGGUCCCUGCUGUCCUCCAAACAGGUGCAGAACAAACCCAAGAGCGGCCGCUGUCUGCUGGGAGGCACCACCACGCUGAGCCCUUUCACACCCAGGAGAAUAAAGUUCGUACAAUCUCACGUUUCUUCUCACGUUACGUCCAGUUUCGGCAUCUUGCCCCUGGAGCCGAGUCCAGGAGACCCCUCGUAUUUGCAGAACUACAGUCACAGUGGGACGGGUAUGGAGCCACCUCCUCCACCUGGUCCCCCAAAGAAGACGGUCAGCAGAAUCGGUCAGGUGGGGACGAAGUCGGUGUUCGCACAGAGCGGAAACAGUCGCGAGGUUAUUCCUAAUCCGUUCAACCAGACGCAGACGACGGCACCACAGACCAGUACUACACCUCAAGUGCUGAGUCCCACCAUCGCCGCUCCACCCAACGUCCAGCCUCGACGGAGCUCAAGGCUUUUCACCAGCGCCAGCUCCACCGCCAAGGAGAACAGUAAGAAGUUAAAAAUGAAGUUUCCCACCAAGAUUCCCAACCGGAAGACCAAGACAAAAACGGGAAAAGGAGGAAUCACCCCGUCCAGUCUGAACGAGAGCAUCGAGAUCCUGAAGCUGGACUCAUCCUUAGUCGAAGGGAAGGGCAACAUCAGCGCGCCGCAGUUUCAAGCCUUCACUCUGCAGAAAGCCGCCGCAGACGGGUUGAUGUCGUUGAUGCGGGACAUCGGGCGAGGUUACUUGGCGCUGUGCUCGUAUAACUGCAGGGAGGCCAUCAGCAUCCUCAGCCAGCUGCCUGCGCACCACUACAACACCGGCUGGGUGCUGGGGCAGAUCGGCCGCGCCCACUUCGAGCUGGCAGAGUACAUGCAGGCGGAGAGGAUUUUCUCCGAAGUGCGGCGCAUCGAGAGCUACCGGGUGGAAGGGAUGGAGAUCUACUCUACUACACUAUGGCACUUACAGAAAGAUGUAGCCCUCUCUGCACUCUCUAAAGACCUCACCGACAUGGACAAGAACUCGCCCGAGCCCUGGUGCGUAGCUGGGAACUGUUUCAGUCUUCAGCGCGAGCACGACAUCGCCAUCAAGUUCUUCACGCGGGCCAUCCAGGUGGACCCGAGUUUCGCCUACGCCUACACGCUGCUGGGUCACGAGCUGGUGCUCACAGAGGAGCUGGAGAAGGCGCUGGGCUGCUUCCGUAACGCCAUCCGCCUCAACAAGCGCCACUACAACGCCUGGUACGGUCUGGGGAUGAUCUACUACAAGCAGGAGAAGUUUAACCUGGCUGAGAUUCAUUUCAAGAAGGCUUUAAGCAUUAACCCACAGAGCUCCGUACUCCUCUGUCACAUCGGAGUGGUUCAACAUGCACUGAAAAAAUCAGACCACGCAUUAGAGACCCUGAACAGAGCAAUCAGCAUCGACCCUAAGAACCCACUAUGCAAAUUCCACAGGGCGUCCAUCCUCUUCGCGAAUGAAAAAUACAAGGCUGCUUUACAGGAGCUGGAGGAGCUGAAACAGAUCGUGCCCAAAGAGUCACUUGUUUACUUUUUAAUAGGAAAGGUGUAUAAGAAGCUCGGUCAGACUCACCUGGCGCUGAUGAACUUUUCAUGGGCCAUGGACCUGGACCCCAAAGGAGCCAACAAUCAGAUCAAAGAGGCCAUAGAUAAGCGUUACCUUCCCGACGACGAGGAGCCCGUCACCCCUGACGAUUAUCUCUACUACUCCACGGAGAUGGAGGAGUCGCAGGAGAGCAGCAUGACGGAUGCAGACGACACACAACUCCACACCACGGAGAGCGACGAGGUCCUGUAACCCUCCGCCCCUCCUCCUCUCUGAACUCCAACACCGGAAAUAAUUAUGCCAACCUGGGUCUGACCCAGUCCAUACGGAGCAGAGAGAACAUAAACACCCAGGAAAAAAAAAAAAGACACGAGCGAGAGGAAGAAGGAGAAUAAAAAAAGGAAAAACAAACUGCUGCUAAUACAGUACCUCCUCAUUUCUGUAUUUUUUUUUAUUAUUCCUGUUUUACUGUGCUUUUUUUUUUUCCCCUCAUUUUUUUAAACUUAAUUUUUCUCCAGUUCCUGUCGUUAUGCCUUAUCGCUGGGUGAAUCCUCCUCAUCAUCAUCUGAUCUUCAUCCACGUAUUAACAUGGGGGGGGAUUUUACUGUAAAAGAAUACAAAAUAAACAUCCUCCGUUCGCACUGCAGAGAUUCCCAUCUGCAUCUCCAUCCCAACUUCAUCCCAUCUUCAUCCCCAUCUCAUCUCCAGGACAUGGAAAGAAAGCAAACCACAGUUCAUGGGAAAAGUUCUGUCUUAAUGCCUAGGCCUUUUUUGUGUUCCUUUUAUUCUCAUUUAAUCGAAAUAAAGACCUGUGUAAGAGUUCUGUCAA